CAAGUGUGUUCGUGUGUGUGUGUGUCCCAAACAGCUGAUUCUCCCAAACAAAGGGUAUCUUGUCUCUCCUCUUCCUCCUCCUCUGCCUUGUCCUCCACGUUGUCCUCCAUCUCCUCCCCAUCUCCCAUUAUCCUUCUCCCCAUAGGAACUCAGAUAAUGUCCUGAGAGUGCGUGGGAGGACAGGAAAAGGGGAAACAGUACAAGUGUGUGUGUGUGUGUGUGUGUGUGUGUGUAUGCCUCAAGCAGCUGAUUCUCCCAGGCAAAGGACAUCCUCUUCCACCUCCUCCUCCACAUUGUCCUCCUCCUGCUCCACAGCCUCCCAUACCUGUCCUCCACCUCCUGGGACAUGGGCCAGCUAACAAAGGUGUUCUCGGACGAUGAGGCGCUCAUCAACAAGAAGGUACCUCGGGAGCUGUUGUUGCAGGUAUUCUCGUACCUGGAUGUGGUGUCGCUAUGUCGAUGUGCGCAGGUGUCGAACUACUGGCACGUCCUGGCUCUCGACGGCUCCAACUGGCAGCGCAUCGACCUCUUCAACUUCCAGACAGACAUUGAGGGCCGCGUGGUGGAGAACAUUGGGCGUCGGUGCGGGGGGUUCCUCAAACAGCUGUCCCUCCGCGGAUGCCAGAGUGUGAACGACAGCGCCCUCGUUACCUUCGCCGAGAUGUGCAACAAUAUAGAGAAGCUCAACCUCAACUACUGCAAGAACAUCACAGACAAGACCUGCGCCGCCCUGAGCCGCCACUGCCCUCGCCUGGUCCACCUGGAGCUGGACUCGUGUGCACAGAUCGGCGACCCGUCCCUCAAGGCGCUGAGUGACGGCUGCCCCAACCUGGAGUGGGUCAACGUGUCCUGGUGCGACCUAAUCACACAGAACGGAGUGGACGCACUGGCCCACGGCUGCCCCAAGCUGAAGGGAUUCGUGGGCAAGGGGUUGAAGGCGCUCACUGACCCCGCCUUGCUCUCCCUCGCCCAGUACUGCAAGAACCUCGAACACAUCAACCUCUGCAGCUGCUCGGCCAUCAGUGACAGGGGUGUGGUGGCGCUGGCGGAGAGCUGUCCAAGGAUCAGGUACCUCUGCCUGAGCAACUGCCUGCACUUGACGGACACGAGCCUGGUGGUGUUGGCCCAGCACUGCACACAUCUGGAGACACUGGAGGUGGCCGCCUGCUCCCAGUUCACCGACAAUGGCUUCCAGGCCUUGGCGAGGACCUGUCACAUGCUGGAGAAGAUUGACCUCGAGGAUUGCGUCUUGGUCACGGAUGUCACACUCAACCACCUCGCCUCCGGAUGUCCGCGCCUCGAAAAGCUGAGUCUUUCCCACUGCGAGCUGAUCACAGACGAAGGCAUCCGGCACCUGGGUACGUCGGCGUGCUCCACAGAACACCUCUCGGUCCUGGAGCUAGACAACUGCCCACUCAUCACCGACCAGGCCCUCGAGCACCUCCACUCCUGCCACAACCUCCAUCGCAUCGAGCUCUACGACUGCCAGCUCAUCACGCGCGCCGGGAUAAAGAAGCUCAAGAGCAAUCUCCCCAACAUCAAGGUCCAUGCCUACUUUGCACCCCAGACGCCACAGCCCACAGAGGGGAGAACCAGACAACGAUACUGCCGCUGCUGCGUUAUCCUCUGAGCCCCCCGCCCCGACGCCCGCCCCGCAGCCCCGCCCAGCCCCCGCCUGCCUGCCCCCCAGACGGCAACCCCCCCGCCCCUGGGGUUCCCGAGAAAACUGGGGUAGAGUGAGUGAGUGUGUGAGUGUCUGUGUGUCUUGGGUGAGGUUAAGUUAGUAUAUGGAGAGGGUUGUAGGUUAUACUGGGGGGGUGAUAGGGGGGUUAAAGGGGGGGGGUUGGUGUCACCUCCUCCCUCCUCCUCCUUUCUCCACCCCCUCCCUCCGCAAACCCCUCCCCAACCUCUCCGAUUUUUAUUAUUAUUAUUAUUUUAUUAUUAUUAUUGUUGGGGUUGUAGUUGUUGUGGGGGUUAGUACCUAUCCACCCCUCCUCCCCUCCUCCCCAACCCCCUUCAACCUCCCCUCCCCCUCCCCUCUCAGCCUUCCGGACCCCUCCCCCCCACGACUGUCCACUGUUGUUAUUAUUAUUAUUAUUAUUAUUAUUAUUAUUAUUAUUAUUAUUAUUAUUGGGGGGGAUGAUGGAGGGGUUUGGGAAGGUGGUUGAUAGUUGGGGGGGAUUCUCAUCUCAUUCCUUCAACGAGAGAGAGAGAGAGAGAGAGAGAGAGAGAGAGAGAGAGAGAGAGAGAGAGAGAGAGAGAGAGAGAGAGAGAGAGAGAGUAGAAAAAACAAGGAAUUUAAGAAAGAGAAAGAAGGAAUGGAAGGGAAGGAUAAAUAUUUAAAGAAAGAAUGAAAGAAAAAGAGAGAGAGAGAGAGAGAGAGAGAGAGAGAGAGAGAGAGAGAGAGAGAGAGAGAGAGAGAGAGAGAGAGAGAGAGAGAGAGAGAGAGAGAG